UUCCUUUCCCGCUCAUUUGCUAAUUUUUUUCUCUUUCCAGGAAAAAACAUCCCAUAACAUGUUUUCUAUUAUCAUUCUUUAGAAAAUGUUCAUUGGGCGUGUUCUGCCUCUGUAACAUAGCGUUGUCAUCAUGCUGAGGGAAUUGUUUACCGGAAAGGGAAUGCUCUUACAGUGAAUGCAUGAAAAGUGAAUCUGACUGUGUUCUUUCUGAGAGAGACAUGGCUGCUGCUUCUGCUGCUCGGGAUCCCGUGGAGGAUCUCUGUGAGGAAGCCACUUGCUCUAUUUGCCUGGAAUAUUUCAAGGAUCCUGUGUCCGUAGAAUGCGGGCACAACUUCUGUCGAGAUUGUAUGACCCAAUUCUGCGAGAAGUCGGGCACUAAGAAGACCUCUUGUCCUCAGUGCAGGAAAGAAGUUCUGCAAAGCAACAUCAGACCAAAUCGGUUGCUAGCCAACUUUGUAGAAAUAACCAAGAAGCUCAGCUUGCAGGGGCUUAAGAGGGAAGAAGGCAGGGAGAGGGUCUGUGGGAAACACCAGGAGCCACUGAAGCUUUUCUGUAAAGAAGAUGAUGUCUCUAUCUGUGUGGUGUGCGACAGAUCCAAGGAGCACAGAAAUCAUACAGUGAUUCCUAUAGAGGAAGCUGCUCAAGACUUCAAGGUUUUGAUGGGUAUUCAUCAGGAUGUUCUGGAAAAGGAGGAAGAAAAUAUUCUGGCAUAUAAAGUCGAGACUGAAGAGGAAAGCCAAUAUCUACUUAAACAGAUUAAAAAAGUGGAAAAAACAUUAGGAGAAAUCAGAGAAAUGCGCCAGUUUCUAGAAGAACAAGAGAAACAUCUCCAGGCCCAGAUGGAAGAGCUGAGGAAGCAGGUUGCAAGAAAAAGAGAUGAAAACAUGGUCAUAUUUGACCAGGAACUCUCCUCUUUGAAAAAUCUCUUCCAGGAGAUAAAGGAAAAAUGCCAGCAGCCACCAGCUGAACUCCUGCAGGAUGUGAGGAGUCUUUUGCAGAGGUAUGAAAAGAAGAAAACGUUUGAGAAGCCAGUGGCUUUCUCUCCAGAGCUGAAAUGGAAGAUCUCGGAGUUUUGUCAUCUAAACUCUGGCCUAGUUUCUGUCAUGAAGCAGUUCCAAGAUACCCUGUUACCUGACAUAGAGCUUCAGAAAGCAGCAAAUGUCACUCUGGAUCCAGUCACAGCAAGUCCCUGGCUUUUCCUGUCUAAGGAUUGCAAAAGUGUGAGAUGUGCAGACAAGCGUCGAAACCUGCCUGAUAAUCCUGAGAGAUUCAGUGACUCACUUUGUGUGUUGGGGCGUGAGGGAUUCACAAAAGGAAGGCAUUUCUGGGAAGUUGCCAUAGAAGGGAAGGAAGACUGGUUUGUGGGGGUGGCCAGGAAGUCUGUCAGGAGAAAAGGCCUUGUUUACAUUGGUCCUUCUGAAGGGAUCUGGGCUGUGGGCAAGUGGAGAGGUAGGUAUUGUGUUCCCAGGAUCCCUUCAAGCUCUGCUCUGUCCCUGAGUGAAAAGACCAAGAGGAUCCGAGUCUGUCUGAACUUUGCUGCAAACCGGGUAGCCUUUUACGAUGCUGACACAGGAGACCAGAUCUACAUCCUCUCAUCAGUCCCAUUUUCUGGAGAAACCAUCCUCCCAUUCUUUUAUAUGUAUGGCAAAGUCCACCUCAAAAUCUCACCUUAAAAUGCUAAGCCAAACUGUAAUAAUGAAAGUAUCAUGGUUGACCAGUUCUUGAAAAGUGUCCUUAAAAUGUUAUAAAUUGCUUCUGAAUUUGCUUUCAGUGCUUUUAAGAUGAUCUUAUUAACACUGUAUUCUGUCCUGAGAGUCCUGGAAGAGAUGUACGGUUAAUUAUUAAUAAACUCAAAUAAUAAAAAUCUUAAUGUCU